AAAGUUGAGCUGUAAUCCUCAGUUCAACUGUAGCUACCGUAACGAGCACCAAAAUAUCAAAAAUGUCAAGGGGCUUAAUCAUUGUAAUAGUCAGCGCAUGUCUGCUGGUGCAAGCACAAGCCGUUCCACGCAUGCGUCGUGAAGCAGGCGAGGCAGCAGUCGAAAGGAAGCAAACAACGACGGCAGUGCCCGAAAAGGCGAAUUCAUCCUCCUCAGAGGAGUCUCCACUGAAAUUUAAGCCACGUCAGGUAGUGAUGACAACAACCCUCGUUGACUUAGUUGGUUUGGCUAAAUAUGUUACCGAAAAUGGUCGUCCACUUUUUAAGAAGGCUCUGGCCCAAUUGGAAGCGCUUCCAGAAAAGAGUCCAGCGUUACAGGCGAAUAUUACCCGCAUCGCCGACUAUCUUAAUACUAACUCGCACGAGCCGAAUACAGCCGAAGCUGAGGGUAUGUUGUCUCUUUUCGAUUCGCUGAUUACAUUCACCAGCAUAUUGGAGGAUGCCAAUGAAAUACCACCCGAAUUGGAGCAAGCAAAAACCGUUCAAAAAGCUUUCAUCGAUAACGGUGCGGAUAAGUUUGAGGAGGACUUGAGAGCCGAAUUGAAAGUGGUGUCGGGAAAAUUCGAAAAGGCGAUUGAAAAAUAUUUGGAAAGUUUGAAUGAAGAGCAAAAGGCAAAGGAGACCAAACUGAUCGAUUGGUACACGAAGUUUACGAAUGAGAAGGAUGACGAAAAGAAGGCAGAAUAUUAUACAAACUUUUUCGACGCUUACAAGCCAUAA